AUGCCUCCCGCCAUGACAGACCUCCUGGACAUAUGGGCGGCCCACUCGCCCCUGGCCGGACACGCUCCGGACCAGAUCACCGUGGACUUUCUGCUGCCCACCGGCAUCUACAUCCAGCUGGACGUUCCACGCGAGGCCACGAUCCAGCACAUCAAACUGCUCUUAUGGAAGCAGGCUCAGAGCUUCCCCCUGUUUCCCGCCCUUGGCGAGAUGGAGAGCCACAUGUUCGAGUGCGUCAACCAGGCGGCCGUGCACGAGGAGCUGGAGGACGAGACCCGCCGCCUGUGCGACGUCCGCCCUUUUCUGCCCGUGCUCAAGCUGGUCACGCGCAACUGCGGCCGGGCCGAGCGCCUGCUGGACUCCAAAAUCGGCGUGCUCAUCGGCAAGGGUCUGCAUGAACUCGAUGCCAUCAACGACCAGGAGGUGAAGGACUUUCGCAUCAAGAUGUUCCGCCUGAGCGAGGAGAGGAUGCAGCGAGUUCAGAUGAUGACGUGCACGGAGUGGCUGCAGGCCUGCUUCUCCCCGCAGCUCGAACCGCCCGCCGCCACCGCCGUCACGGACGGGGUCAACGACCGGGCGGCUGACCUCAAAGUCAUCAUUCACUUUGACCAGUCCCAGGACUCGGCCAGCCUGAAGGUGCCGUCGUGCUACACCCCCGCCGAGCUGAUGGAGCAGGCGUUAAGGAAGUGGGUGACCACCCAUGGGCCCGAGGAAGAGGCGUGGGGGGGUCAGCAUGUGCUGAGGGUCAGCCACUGCCUGGAGUUCCUCUGUGGAGAUCACCCUCUCAUUCAGUACAAGUACAUCCGCUCGUGCCUGCAGGCCAAGGAGCCUCCCCACCUCACUCUGGUCCACACCAACACCGUCAAGGCCAUGUUCGACAAGGAAAUGACGGCCAUCGGGGCUGUGGUGAGCCGCAGGUCCUCCAACCCACCUCUACCGCUACCUCCGAAGAGACGGGUUCCCACGCAAGUACAGACGUGUGUGUGGGACGUGUCGAGCCCGUUUAAGAUAGUCCUGGUGAAAGGCAGCAAGGUGAACGCCGAGGAGACUGCCAAGGUCCAGGUGAGGGCGGGCCUGUUCCACGGCACGGAGCUGCUCUGCAAGCCGGCGGUGAGCAGCGAGAGCAGCGGGCAGCGAGCGUCCUCCGAGCACACGUGGAGGGACAACACGCUGGAGUUUGACAUCUCCGUCUGCGACCUGCCGCGCAUGACCCGCCUCUGCUUCGCCAUUUACGCCGUCAUGGACAAGGUCAAAAAGCAGAAAUCCACCAAAAACUCCCACAUAAACAAGUACCAGACCAUCCGCAAGGCGGGGAAAGUGCAUUACCCCAUAGCUUGGGUCAACACCAUGGUGUUCGACUUUAAAGGGCAGCUGAAGACUGGCGACAUCACCCUGCACUGCUGGUCGUCCUUUCCUGAUGAACUUGAAGAGAUGCUGAACCCCAUAGGAACCAUUCAGACCAACCCGUACACUGAAAACGCCACAGCAUUGCACAUCCACUUCCCUGAGUACUCGUCACACCCUAUCAUCUUCCCUCCUUUUGACAAGAUCCUAGAAAAAGCUGCUGAGAUCGUCGGAGCGAGUGACUGCGUGUCCGGAGCCCGAGGUGGGAAAAAGUUCUACAUCGAGCUGAAGGAAAUCAUGGAGCGUGACCCACUCUCUCAGCUGUGUGAGAACGAGAAGGAUCUGAUCUGGACACUACGCCACGACUGCUGGGAAAACUUCCCGCAGUCUCUGCCCAAGCUGCUGCUCUCCGUCAAGUGGAGUAAACACGAGGACAUGGCCCAGCUUCAGGCUCUGCUACAGAUUUGGCCCAAACUGAGUCCAAGAGACGCUCUGGAGCUCCUGGACUUCAACUACCCUGAUCAGUAUGUCAGGGAGUAUGCUGUGCGCUGUCUGCGUGAUAUGAGUGACGAGGAGCUAUCGCAGUACCUGCUGCAGCUUGUGCAAGUGUUGCGUUACGAGCCCUACUACGACUGUGCCCUCACCCACUUCCUGUUGGAGCGUGCUCAGGGGAACCGCAAGAUCGGACACUUCCUCUUCUGGCACCUGCGGUCAGAGAUCCACAUGCCAGCUGUUUCAGUCCAGUUUGCCCUCAUCUUGGAGGCGUAUUGUCGGGGCAGCAUCCCUCAUAUUGAGGUUUUAAAGAAGCAGGUCGAAGCCCUGAGCAAGUUAAAAUCUGUCAACGAGCUGAUCAAACUGGGGACCAUCAAGAACGCUCGGAGCAAAACCAAGGAGGCGAUGCUGACCAAGGAGGCCAUGAUGACGUGCCUGAGGCAGAGCGGCUACACAGAAACGCUGUCAGACCUGCACUCCCCUCUAAACCCCAACGUCCAGCUGUCUGGUAUCAAUGUGGAAAGGUGUCGGUACAUGGACUCAAAGAUGAAGCCGCUCUGGAUCGUUUACAACAACAAGCUGCUGAGCGGAGACACCCUGGGAAUCAUCUUCAAAAAUGGCGACGACCUCAGACAAGACAUGCUGACCCUCCAGAUUUUACGGUUAAUGGAUCUUUUGUGGAAGGAAGCAAAUCUAGACCUCAGAAUUGUGCCAUAUGGUUGCCUAGCAACCGGCGACCGGGCCGGGCUGAUCGAGGUGGUGUCGUCGGCGGACACGAUCGCGAACAUCCAGCUGACCAGCAGCAACGUGGCGGCCGCCGCCGCGUUCAACAAGGACGCUCUGCUCAACUGGCUGAAAGAGAGGAACUCCGGCGACGCUCUGGACCGAGCCAUCGAGGAGUUCACGCUGUCGUGUGCGGGCUACUGUGUAGCCACCUACGUGCUGGGCAUCGGGGACCGCCACAGCGACAACAUCAUGGUCCGCAGCACCGGACAGCUCUUCCACAUAGACUUCGGCCACAUCCUGGGAAACUUCAAGUCCAAGUUUGGCAUCAAGAGGGAGCGAGUGCCGUUCAUCCUCACGCACGACUUCAUUCACGUCAUCCAGCAGGGCAAGACGGGAUACACCGAGAAGUUUGGCAGUUUCCGUCAGUAUUGCGAGGAGGCCUAUCUGGUUCUGAGGAAGAACGGAAACCUCUUCAUCACGCUGUUUGCCCUGAUGCUCACCGCUGGACUGCCCGAGCUCACCUCAGUCAAAGACAUCCAGUAUCUAAAAGACUCUCUGGCUCUGGGUAAAACAGACGAAGAGGCGCUGAAGCAGUUCCGCCAGAAGUUCGACGAAGCCCUCCGAGAGAGCUGGACGACCAAAGUCAACUGGAUGGCCCACAAUGUGGCCAAAGACAACCGCUCCUAGAGCAGCUGGAAGCCCUCAGAGACUGGGCUGCCCUGGACCACGAGCACACAGUGAGGGGACUAGGGGGCAAGAUGUCCCAAGAAGAGACGGGAUGAAAGCACGCCCUGUUUGGAGAAGGGAAUCUGGCAGAACAUCCCAAACAUGAGCAGACUGCUAGGUCUCCUCAUACUGCAUACACAGUAUACCCUCUGAGUUGGUUCAGUUACCUUGCACCUUGAAUAUCCCGUGUCCCCUUCUCGCCUUGCACCACUGCGGCACAGCUCCCCUCUAACGUCUGAGUUCUGUGGAUUUGUGACGGGGGACACCAUUGCACGUUUUGCACAGGCACCAACCGCUGAUGGAGCUCGCAGCCAAAGGAAGGGAAGCCGGGAAGUCUCCCCACAGAGCGUCUCAGAGCUGCGCUGUCCACGCGGAGCAGACUCGACCUCGCA